AUGUUUAUUGUAAUACUUGGUAUAUUGGGUAUACGAACAUUUUUUUAUCAAUCACCAAAAAAACUUAGUUUUCAAGUAUUAUAUGAUUGUAUUGUUUAUAAUACUGAUCAAUAUUGGAAAAGUAUGGAUACCGAGGAUAAUAUUCAACGGAAAAAAUCCGAUCGUUUUCAACAAUAUCGACAGCAAUUUGAACACGAUCAUCGUUUUUUAUCAAUGAUAAAUCCAUUAGCCGAUCGUUUAGUUUCAUUAAAAGUUUGGAUUGAUUCAUGGUUACAAAUGGAUCGUAUUGAUAGGAAAUUAUUUCAACAACAUAAUCGUAUGCGACUAUUUCCACAUUCACCAAUCGAAGGACGUAAUCGUGUAUUAUUAUUUAUAUUUUUAAGUGAUUAUUUCAGUAUUUUUUUACAUAUUUUAUCGGGUUUAUUAUCAUAUUUUGUUUUAUAUAAUGAUAAAACUACAUGGAGUGAUGCAUUAUAUUAUUAUGCAUUAGUCAGCAUACCAAUCAAUAUUACAUUAAUGUGUGAAUUAAUUGUUGAAGAUAUUAUACCGGAAACAAAAUUUUUAUUCAUUAUAAUUAUUGUUCUGCAUAUUGUAACUGGAUCGUUUCCAUUUCUGUUAUUAGCAAAUAUGUCAAAUGAUUUUCAUUCAAUUAAUAAACAUUUACCUGAAAUGCAAUUACAGCUAAAACGUUCAACACAUUUACGUUUGAAAUUGAAAUAUGAUGAUCUUUAUGAACGAUUAAUUUGGGGUAAAAAAAUUGUUCAUACAUUCGGUACAUUGGGUAAUCUUACAUUUCGUGGCCUAUUUGAAGCAUUUGAACCAAUAAAACAACGUAAGAAAGAUUAUAAUUUUCAAAUAUACUUACUUGUUUGUCAAUCAAGAGGAUAA